AUGACCUCUCAGACUGAUAUACCGGAGGGUCUCACCGACGAUGAGAUAAAUUUCAUCUUUCAAGACCUUGACACUGUGUUAAAUACUAUUAUACUUGCAUUUCUAUUACAUGGCAUAUACACUGGUGUUCUUGCUGUUACCCUGUGGACCAACUACAUGAACAAAUCUCGACCUAUCAGAAAUGUUAUGAUCAUCGUCAUCAUUCUCAUCUACACCCUGACUUCCAUUGGGUUCGCUUUGAACUGGUCAUUUGUGCACUCCGCAUUCAUCACCGUGACUAAUGGACAAAACUUUUGGACUGUGUAUCUCAAGCUCACCAUCGGUACCAACGAUAAAUUAGUUUUGAGCAUAGGAAUCACAGGAACCCUAUGUACCAUCCUUGCAGAUUCUGUCACGAUCUGGCGCUGUGGGGUGAUCUGGGGCCGGAACUGGCUCAUUGUUCUCCUUCCUACUCUUUGUUUAGUCUCUAGUAUUGAACUCACCCCGGGCCCAGUAUUCAAAACCAUUGACAUGUACAUGAUGUUCACUAACGGAAACGAUCUCGACCUACUCUAUCGAGUGCUUUAUGUAUCGUUCACUCUCGUUACCACGAUAUGGUGCACUCUAGGCAUCGUCUACCAUAUCUUGUCCAUCGGUGGCAACCUCAGAGCUUAUCGCCGUACUAUCGAAAUCUUGGUUGAAUCUUCAACCCUUUAUUCCGUCGCCUUGAUCCUAUACGUGGCUUUCUUUGCUCACAAUGAUUGGGAUGCAGGUUACCUUGAUUCUGUAGCCACGGCAUCAGCAAAACCCAGAGGUUGUCUUUUGUGUCUUUUCGGUCUUGCACAAGACCGAAAAGACGGCAAAGACAAGAAGAUCAAGGGUCUUUACCAAGUAAGAUUGUCAAAAGAAAACACACCGCAGAAGGGAGAACAACAGCUAAGCAGUCUAACCGACACAAAAUACAAUGUGAAUAAUUAUAUGGGGGAAUGGAAGAAGCACGCACCCUCCGGCACAUCCCUUCCUGGAUGGCCACCAUCCUAGUCUUCACAACAGCCCUCUCCUUGGUCUGCACACAUCCAUCUACAGCUCUGGUCAGUUCAGCAGCGAGUGAUGAUGAGGUGUUGGGUCGUACCAUUUCUUUUCUCACCUGUUGGCAAUGACGGCAGCCCGGAAGGAAAUGCGAGAAUCAGAUAUAGUCAGUUCAAUGAGAGACACCCAUACCUUUGCCCUCGUACCACCAGUACAUGCCCAAUGGCCCCAUCGCCGGUAUCGAGUUGCAGUAAAGUGAGGGAGAGAGGAGGGAGGGAAUAAUCAAUUCGGACUCCGAGUUAAAGUCCAACAUGACGUUGACAU